AUGAGGAAUCACUCGCAAGUGAUUGAGUUCAUCCUCCUAGGGCUCACGGACGACCCGGAUUUGCAGGCUGUGAUUCUCCUGUACAUGUCUGUCACCUACGUUCUGAGCAUCACUGGCAACCUGACCAUCAUCACCCUCACUCUACUGGACACCCGCCUUCACACCCCCAUGUACUUCUUCCUGCGCUGCUUCUCCAUCCUGGAGAUCUGCUUCACCUCCUCCUGUAUUCCCAGAUUCUUGGCUACCAUCGUCACCGGGGAUAGGACGAUUUCCUACAAAUGCUGUGCAACUCAACUAUUUUUCCUCAUCCUCUUGGGAGUGACCGAGUUCUUCCUCCUGGCUUCCAUGUCCUACGACUGCUAUGUCGCCAUUUGCCGGCCUCUAUACUACACGACCGCCAUGAGCCAGAAAGUCUGCACCCUGCUGGUUCUCUGCUCCUGUCUGACCGGGUUCCUGGCCAGCUUUCCUCCUGUCAUCCUUGGCCUCCAACUGGACUUCUGUGGCUCCGCAGACAUUGACCACUUCUUCUGUGACGUCUCCCCUCUGCUUCCACUCUCCUGUUCGGACACCGGGUUCCUGGAGCUGAAGGUUUUCAUCUUUGCACUGGGGACACUACUGGUCACCUUGGUGUUAGUGGUCGUGUCCUACACAGCCAUCGCCUGUACCAUCCUGAGACUGUCCUCUACUCAGCAGAAGAGAAAAGACUUUUCCACUUGCUCCACCUACACAGUCGUGGUCUCCAUGACAUACGGCAGCUGCAUCUUUAUGUACAUGAAACCGUCUGCGAAGGACAGGGUGGACAUGACCAAGGGAAUGGCCGUGCUCUACACUACCGUGGUCCCCAUGAUAAACCCCUUCACCAACCCUCUUCGGAACCAGCAGGUCAAAGCAGGCCAUCAGGGACCUGGCAUCGAUGAGUGUGACCCCACAGGAAAUCCAGAAUCAGCGAUGAGAAAUCACACCUCAGUGACCGAGUUCAUCCUCUUGGGGCUGACGGACAAUCCAGACUGGAAGAAUGUCAUCUUCUUAUUCCUGCUACUCAGUUACCUGUUGAGCAUCACGGACAACCUGACUAUCCUCACCCUCAUCCUACUGGACUCCCAUCUGCACACCCCAUUUUUCUUCGUCAUCUUCCUGGGGGAGACGGAAAUCUUCCUCCUGGCUGCCAUGUCCUACUACCGAUAUGUCGGCAACUGCCGACCGCUACAUUACUUGACCAUCAUGAGCCGGAAAGUCUGCACCCUGCUCUUCCUCUGCUCCUGGCUGAUCAGCUUCCUGAUCAUUGUUACAGGCCUCAUCCUGGAUCUCCAGCUGGAUUUCUCUGACUCAAAAGUCAUCAACCAUUUCACCUGUGACACUUCCCAUGCUGGACCUCUCGCGCAUUGA